AUUUAGGCUUCCGGCGUGCUAUUAUGUUCCCUCAAUCACAUUUUCCUUAGAAUCAACAAAAAAAAAAGUACCAAUCUCAUAAUAUUGAGAUAAAACGCCAACCUUCUCUAGGCAAGCAUGCGUGUCUGGAAAGUAUAUAAAGGCGACCUUCUCCUCAAAAACUUCACACUAUCAGCACCAACAUCAACGUCUACAGCAACACCAAAACUAGAAUAUAGUGGUCCCCUUGUUAACAAUUUACUUUCAGAAACCAUGAAGCUCUCUGCCUCUGUUUUAAUCCUUGGCCUCGUCGCUGUCCAGGCUGUGGCUGCAAAGCCAGUUACAACGUUUCCAGUGUGGACGACUACCGCUACGGUCACGGUCACCAAAACUUGGGUUUCCACUAUCCCAUUCCCCACUGGCACCAAAACCGUAACUGUGACCCGUCCAGCUCGCACUACUGGUGUAUCCACCGUGACAGUCUAUCCUCCAUGCCCUUGGCCUACUGACUUUCCCGGAACUGACUACCCUACCGAGUACCCCACAACUGGCCCUGUCUACCCCACACCUGAACCUGUCUACCCCACACCUGAACCUGUCUACCCCACACCUGAACCUGUCUACCCCACUGAAACUGAUAGUGUGAUUCCUACCCGUCGCCCUACUACCUCUAAGAUUCGCCCCCCUCGAACCUCACAACUGUUGUAGACAAAGUCUAUACUAGAACUAGGUUUCCCAAGGGUAAAACAUUCAAAAUAAAAUAACAGGCAAAGAAGCACAUAGAAGGCUUCAUCCUACACCCAACAACAAUAUCUUUAUUUAUUUUGUUAUUUCUCCCUGUUUGAGCGUUUAAGUAAAUUAUUUUUGUGCUUUUGCCUUUUGAUAGAACAGAAGGCACUAAUAGAAACGAAAACACUAGCAAAAGAAAUGACAAGCUUUGGAGGGGAAAUAGAAAAGAGAGAUCCACAACAUCUGUACCCUAUUAAUCUAAUCGAAUAUUCAUACAACAAGGGAAAUAGGUUGCAGUGGAGAAAAGAUAAUACAAUUAUGAAUGUAAAAUUACGUAUAUGACCCAUCGUGAAUUAAAUAAAUAUUAAAAUAAAUAAACA